GAUCGCACCCAGAUUUCUUUUAUAGAGGUCUACUUCAACUCUCUCGUCCACGAUUCAUGGCUACUCCGUUCCUUUUCGUCUCUGUCGCUCCCGUGCUGGUUCUUUUUAUGAUACCUACCGCUGUAUCUCUCCAGUGUUACGAAUGUAGCAACCUCCCAGAUGUUCUUGGUGGAACUAGCUGCAACCUCGACAAUGUGAAAAAGCUCACUUGCCCUCCGUUUUUCGAUAGAUGUAUGACGAUGAAGUAUGACAUGUCUAUCGGAAUUGGAGCAUCGCAAUCAGUCGAGCUUAGGAACUGUUCAUCCAGCCUAGCCUGUAAUCCCCAGUCGGACUUCAAUGCGUGCAAACUGCUCGGUGACGUCGGGGUUUUCUUCAACUGCACAAUGGACUGUUGCCAAGGCGAGCUGUGUAAUACUGGAAGAUCCACUACAAAACCAUCUACUGUUGGGGAGGCCUCAACUACAAAAGACUUCCAGUCCUCUGCACCGUCUAGCGCAGUAAAGGGACCAGCAUUGAGCCUUGUAAACAUGUUAUCUGCCUUAGUUCUGUCAAAGAUCGUGGGAUUUAACUAAGACCAGCUAUGUAUAGCUCUAUAAUAUCAUAGCUUUCGCGAUUGAAAAGCUGGCUUCUUUGAGAAAACUACUGUCCGCUGUUUGUUACCCAUGCUAAUUUUAUUACUAGCAUCCAGUAUGACUGAUUUAAUCCAAAGUUCAAUCCUGCACUACUUUGAAUAAAAGAUUUUGUUAACAAAUUUGUUUCUCAAUAAUAUAUGCUAGAGCCAGAAGCAAUACUUGAGUCUUAAAAACUUCAUCCCAAAAUGCGUUAAAAUUAAUGCUUAAUCAGUCUAUGAGAAAUGAACCAAGCUAACUGUGUUACGAAAUAGGCUACAUUCCCAGAUUGUGCCUAAAAAAAUUCAGCUGAUGAAGUCAACAAUUGCAAAUGCACCUUUCUCUAUCACUUCCAUAACUUUGUAUAUCUUUACCCUAACAUGGCUGCUGAUUGGAAGGUGUAAUAAAAACAUGUACUGCUGACUAUUUGACACUUUCCAAUCCUGGUGAAAGGAACUCAUGAUGACUCACGCUAC